AUGGAAAACGAGUGCGAAAGUGAAGACGAAAGUGAGAGGGAAGACGAAAGUGAGAGGGAAGACGAAAGUGAGAGGGAAGACGAAAGUGAGAGGGAAGACGAAAGUGAGAGGGAAGAUGAAAGUGGGAGGAGGGAAAAGGACCACGCAAAGGGAAAUUACACGGGGAAGAAGCAGAAACAGGAUACAAAUCUUCCAACCGCUUCUAAGUUCUCCUGGCGAGAAAGACUGGCUAUGAAAAUACUCAAGGAAGCAGAGACGAAGGGAUCCAUAUCCCAAUUUCUGCGUACUUGGGCACUGAUGCUCAAAGGAAACCUAGCCCCCGCUGGAAACUUCCAUCUGUCGUUCAUGUUUGGGCCUCUAAUAUUCGAGUCCGGGCUGAAAAGAAUCAAUCAUGGCAUGCGCGUAUCUCCCAGAAUGCCACCAUCUUUACUCUCCCAAACCAUCGGCAAAGCGCAGAAAGUGUCAUGUCCAUUCUUCUACCGGCACAAGGAAACCAAGCGACUGGAAUUUCAGUACAAGAAGAUAAAGAUCAAGCAACGGCCCUUGCUUGCCUGCGUUAAGCGUGUAUAUGGCGGCGCAUUCUCGGGCUAUCCCGAGUCUGCCCGCCUUCGACAGGCCAGAGUUAUUGACACCUUUGUGAAAGAGGCAAAUGCCUUUGGAAGUAUCGCAAUGACGAAGAUGGCGCAGGUCAGAGCGAAUCUACUCAGCAAGGCCGCGGGCAGGGUGAACCGCGCCCUCAAAGAAUGCUUGGGAGGGGAGGUCAACAAACAUCUGGAUCGGAUUGUUAGGAUACUUGUGCUUUCCACUCUAGUAGAUAUUUUUCUCACUCCGUUAGCGCUUGUAGGGGGGAGACGAGUGGCGGAAAACCUAGGUCAGAUUUUUAGGUUUCAUCAUAAUGGGCCUUGGAUCACACUGAACGGGUUUGAGCACACGCUUGUUUGUCCACUAUUUCUCAAGAAAGCAAAGACUGUGCGGGGCUGA